UCCGUGCAGAUCAAUCACCAAGAUUUACUACUUGUGCUAGACGAAAUUUAAGGGAACAAAUUCGUAGGCCGGCCGAGCCGAGAAGUAUCACGCGAUGGCCGCGUCGACCAGGCGAGCCGCAGCGGCGAUGCUGUGGCUGGCGGUGGCGAUUAUUGCCGCGGCGCUGGCGGCGGAGACGGGCGGGGCGGAGGCGGAGCAGCUGGGGUGCUUCUGCGACUGCAUGAAGAACCGAUGCAUGACGCUCGGCGCGAGCGCAGACAAGUUCGACUGCGCGGCCGCCUGCACCGGCGGCUGCACGCAGAUCGGCCAGCCGGGCCAGCCCAGGGCCGACGACUUUUGCGGCUUCUGAUGAGCCCGCAGGCUCUUGGGCUUGCAGGUUAGCAGCCCAGUUGGACGCCACGGCGACCGGCCCAGUCCAGAAUGAUGAAUUCAUGCAUCAUGUGUGCAUGGAUGUCCCAAAACAUGCGUGUAAAGCUGACUGUUAAUAUUUUGUUAUUAUUAUUAUUACUCCUUGCAUAAAAAAUAUUAUUACUCCUA